GGGUCUUUUCCUGAAGGUGUGGCUUUCUCCUCAGGCCAUCCCUUCGCCGCACUAUUGGCCUAGUCUUUUCUGUGGGACUCAGCAUUCUCCCUCUGGCCCCGCCCCUACUGUCCUGUUUACAGAGUCUCUUCCGGUAGGCGCGGUCUUUUCCCCAGGCCCCGCCCUCGCCCUGUUGUAUAAGAGCGACGCUGGCGCGGGUCACCAGUGGUCUUCGGUCCUGCUGUCCGGUGUGUACGUGUACGUAGUUCGAGCCUGCUGCGCUCGUAGUCUAUCUAGAUAGCUCUUCCUCAUCGCGGGUUCGAGCACCUGGUCGGUCUGUUUUUGGGUUCGCGUCCGUCACCUCAAUGCUGUUCGAUAAGGUGAAGGCGUUCGUGGUAGAGCUGGAUGGGACACGCGCGGGCACCGAGCCCGUGUUCCACGGAGGCCAGGCAGUGGCGGGCCGGGUAUUGUUGGAGCUGGCGGGCGCGGCACGAGUGGGCGCGCUCAGGCUGCGCGCUCGGGGGCGCGCGCGCGCGCACUGGACAGAGUCGCGCAGCGCAGGCUCCAGCACUGCUUAUACUCAGAGUUACAGCGAGCGCGUGGAAGUCGUGAACCACCGCGCCACGCUGCUCGCGCCAGACUCGGGGGACAUCGUCAUGCUUCCCGCUGGACGCCACGAGUUUCCCUUCAGCUUCCAGCUGCCUAUCUCCCUGGUGACAUCCUUCGAGGGCAAACACGGCAGCGUCCGCUAUUCCAUCAAAGCCACCCUGCACCGGCCAUGGGUCCCUGCACGCCGCGCCCGGAAGGUGUUCACUGUCAUUGAACCCGUGGACAUAAACACACCUGCCCUGCUGGAACCCCAGGCUGGAGCCCGGGAGAAAGUGGCACGAUCCUGGUACUGCACCCGUGGCCUGGUGUCUCUCUCAGCCAAGAUUGACCGUAAAGGCUACACUCCAGGUGAAGUCAUCCCUAUCUUUGCGGAGAUUGACAAUGGUUCCACGAGAGCUGUGCAGCCCCGAGCCGCCCUAGUACAGACACAGACCUUCAUGGCCCGAGGUGCCCGCAAGCAGAAAUGUGCUGUGGUGGCCAGCGUGGACGGGGAGCCUGUGGGCCCUGGUCGCCGUGCGCUCUGGCCUGGCCGUGCGCUGCGUAUCCCCCCAGUGGGCCCGUCCAUCUUGCACUGCCGGGUACUCAGUGUGGACUACUCCCUCAAGGUCUGCGUGGACAUCCCAGGCUCUUCCAAGCUGCUGCUGGAGCUGCCGCUGGUCAUCGGCACGGUCCCCCUGCAUCCUCUGGGCAGCCGCUCCGCUAGCGUGGGCAGCCGUGCCAGCUUCCUGCAAGACUGGGGCCUGUGUGCCCUGAUGGAGCGGCCAGAGGCCCCUCCUGAGUACUCAGAGGUGGUGAGGGAGAGCCCGCAGGUAGCGGCAUCACAGGGCCUCUUCUCCUUCCUGCAUGACCCUGAUGUGACCACAGAAGGGCCCUACUUUGCCUGUCUCCAGGAGUUCCGCUACCGCCCGCCUCCUCUGUACUCGGAGGAGGAUCCUAACCCACCCUCGGAGGCUGCAAGGCCACGCUGCAUGACCUGCUGAUCCACGGGCUGACACCUCGGUAACGGUUCACAUGUCUUUGGCCACUGCAGUCCUGCCACCUGCUUUGGGAACACAGGGUUAGAUGAGGUCUUGUGUCUUCCAAUGUCGUACAGGACUUAGAAGCAGCACAUGGCUUCCGUGGACAGGUCAAAGCUUCUGGUUCUCUGCAUUGACCCACCAGGAGCCAGCAGUGCUAGGGAGAGAGAUGAGUCUAGGGGUGGACACUUCAGCCUCAUGGGACCAGAAGCCGCUAGAAGUCCAGAGGGAGGCAGAAGGCUUCCAAAGGGCAUUUCAGUGGAGGCUCUAUCGUCCGCUCAGCACGCAGGCAGCACAGAGCCAAUGGUCAGAGCAGACAGCGCUUACUCCUUCCUGGGGUUGGGAGCCCAGGCAUUUAAGUGCCUUAGACAUGGCCUCCCUGUGAGGUUAGCAGGACAGAGGGCCUCACGGACAGACACAAAGGGGAAGUCGGUGGGACCUGAGGGUCCAGGAGUUCAACUUUUGAGGACCAAGGACUGGUGGUCCAGAUGAGCCCAGAACUGUGGUUGUGAUCUGCCAUCCAUGUUCAGAACCUCAAGCCUCCCUCAGGGAUCAAGAUCCAGACAAAGACAUCGCACGGAGGACAGGCGACUGGGGGCAGCUGGGCACCCCCAUCCCCCACCCUAGAUCUGGCCGGGACUUGCCAUUUUCACGGUCUGAAGAAUGGACCACUUUUGUAUAUUAAUAAAUAAAUAAACAAAUGUGGGAGG